AUGGUCUCAGGCCCAGCGGGCAGCCCUCGUGGCUGGGUGCCGGCUCGCUUCGCGUGGGCGCCUCCUCCCGCCGCCGAGGACAUCUGCGACGUUUGCGGUGGCGCCUCCGCCCCCGGGGACGCCCUCCUAGGCUGCAUCGACGCGUGCGGCCGCCUCUUCCACUUCGGCUGCCUCGACAACCCGCCCAAGCGGCGGCCGAGGAGCGGCGCGUUGCUUUGCCCCGAGUGCCGCGCGGCGGCGCCUGCCAGGGCCCUCAAGGAGGCCCUCAAGGACUCCCCGGCUCAGAAGCGGGCGCGCAAGGCGGCGCCCAAGGAGGCGCGGCCGCUGUCCGAGCACGAGACACUAGCGCCGCCGCUCUCCGAGUACGAGCGCGAGCGGCAGAGGAACAUCGAGAGCAACCAGCAGAAGCUGGCGGAGCUUGGCCUCGAGCCUGCGGUGCCGACCAAUCAGCGGGCGCUAGGCUCGAGUGAGCACUUGUGGACCGACGCGUACACUGCCGCACCGCCCCCUUCCUCGAUCAUGCGCGUUUGCAUUUAUCCGGUCCGUGUUUAUGUUACUGUGAUCUCUUGCCGUGCGUGCCGCGAGUACGUCUCAGUGUAA